AUGAAACCACUGUGCCUGAUCACAGGCCUUCUGGCUCUUGCAGCAUGUUUCUUGCCUGGUGAGAGUCACAGAGGUCCCAGGAGACGAUAUCCACCUAGGCCACUGCUUCCUCCUCCUCUACGGUUUCCUUUUGGUCCAGGAUUUGCUCCACACCUUCCUCCACCUUAUGGCCCAGGGAGAAUUCCACCACCCCCUCCUCAGUUUUUUGGCCCCGGGAGAAUUCCACCAUCUCCUCCUUUAUUCCCCAAUGGCCCAGGUUAUCCAUAUCCAGCUUUCCAACAAAGACGUUAUCUAAUUCGAUUUCCAUUCAUCCCUAGAUUCCCUCUGAUGUAUCCUUUUGUCCUCACACCCCAAAUACAAACUACUACAACAACAGGUUCCGCUACAACCACAACUGACCCCACUACCACCCAAACGGACUCUGCCACUCCCAUGACAGCUUCUCCUCCCCAAGAGACAAAGACCACUUCUACUCCCCAAGAGACUACUAUCGCUUCUACUCCCCAAGAGACAAUGACAGCUUCUCCUCCCCAAGAGACAAAGACCACUUCUCCCCAAGAGACAACUGCUUCUACUCCCCAAGCGACUACUAUUGCUUCUACUCCCCAAGAGACAAUGACUGCUUCUACUCCCCAAGAGACAACAACAGUUUCUCCUCCCCAAGAGACAACAACCACAUCUACUCCCCAAGAGACAACGACAGCUCCUCUUCCCCAAGAGACAACUACCACUUCUACUUCCCAAAAGACAAGUCUCAAGACCUUUUUAGAUAGACUCAUUUCAAUUUUUGGAUGA